AUGAAGCUGAAGAAAAAGUCGGUGAAGAAAGGAAAAGCGGCAUUGAAGCCAAUUAAAAAGGAGGUGCCGAAAAAAGAAGUAAUUGCGAAAAAGAGCAACGCGGAGAAGAAAAAAGAAAAUGAGGCGAAUAUGGAGAAUGUGGCCGCGGUUAUGGCUAAAUUUGAAAGCGGCGCUCUGAAUUUGGGAAAUAAAAAGAAGCCGAACGGAAUUUCUGAAAAGGCGCCGGAAAAGGUGGCCGAAGCUCCGAAGAAUAAUAAGCGGCAAUUGAAGAAAUGGUUGAGUAAAGAUGGGCUCUUGGUGAAGCACGAAGAAGGGUCAAAAUGGUAUAACUAUCAGAUAAAUGAAGUUAUUGAAGACCUCACGCAAAAAUCGGACAGUUCUCAAAUUGGCAAAUUAUUGAAUGAAGGAAGGGAAAUUUUGGCGCAAGACGUUGCUCUUCUUCAAACGAAAGAAAAACAGGAGAACUCGUCGGAAGCUUCGUGGUUGUACUCGGUGAUGUCCAAGGGUACCGCGGCGGAUAGACGAACGGCCAUGCAGCUGCAGAUGCACAAAUCUCCGGUACAUUCGCUUGAAUAUAUUGAGAAGCUUAUCGCGUCGUGUCGGAAGCAAGGAACAAGAGAUAUUAUCGAUAUUAUUCCUAUUCUCGAAGACGUGUUUAUCAAUUACAUUCUACCGGAAAAUCGAAAAUUAGUGUUAUUUUCGAAGAGGCCACUCGGAAAAAUUAAUGCGCUCUCAUCUGGAAACGAGAGAAGCCGACGAAAGAUUCUGAUGCUUUGGGCGUUUGAAAAUGAAGCAAAGAUUUUGUAUCAACAGUUUAUUGAAGCAUUAACGGAAGUGGUUAAAAGACCGUUGGAAGAUGUUUCCAAGCGCGCACUGAAAACCCUUACAAAUUUGCUUGCUGAAAGGCCCGAAGCUGAAAGUCUUCUUCUUUCAACAAUCGUCAACGCGUUUGGUCAUCCCAACUACAAAAUUGGAUCGUAUGUGGUGUACCUUUUAGAAAAUGUUUCUCGAAAACACCCGGCGAUGAGAAUUGUGAUGGCUCAAGAGAUUGAACGACUCAUUUUCAGAAAAAACGUCAAUGAACGCGCUCAUACAUAUUCGACGACGUUCCUUUCUCAAAUGUGCUUCAAUCAGAAUGAUUCUGACCUCGCGUGCCGUCUUAUGUCGAUUUAUCUAGCUCUAUUCAAGACGAUUGUUAGCAAGAAGAUCACGAACACCCGCCUUCUGCCCAUCAUUCUUUCUGGAGCGAAUCGUGCGUUUCCAUUUGCGAAGGACGUCACCUCGUUGCUCGAUGAUGUCAAAGAUGUCUAUUAUUUGGCACAUAAUUCGAGUUUUCGGACGGCGAUUCCGGCAUUUCGCCUCCUUUUUCAAUUCCAUAAAACGAACGAAUAUGUGUCCGAUCGCUUCUACAACGCGCUCUAUCGUAAAUUAUUGGACGAUUGUCCACCUGCCGCGUACGCGCAAUUCCUCAAGCUUCUGUUUGACACGCUGAAAGAGGACUCAUCGGCGCAGCGUGUUCGCGCGUUUGUCAAACGCCUUCUACAAGUCGCCGUGAACGCGCCGCCGGAAUUCGCCGCCAGCAUUUUGUUGUUGAUUUCGAAGAUCAAAAUUUUGCGAGAGGAUCCGAAUUUGAUCGUAUUGCGAAAAGAUGCUGAUCCCACAGCGAAAAAUAUGGCUCAAGAAGAUGAUGAAGAGGAGCAUUUUGUGGAUUUGGAUGCUGAAGGAAAUGCGAUUCAGACGAAUCCGGUAAAAUCUGAAAAGAAUGAAGACAUUAAAGUGGAGGAAGUGGAUGAUAAGAAGGCGGUGCUUUCUGGGAAGCUUGGCGCUUCAUCUUCUGGUGGUUGGGUUCAUCGAGAGCAAAACGCAAAGCGAGUCAAAUCGCCGCACGACUCAGUUGCUCGCAAUCCGUUGUUCGUUGAUGCUUCCCAAUCAGCCGACAAUGAGCUUUUGCUGCUCUCCCAACAUUUUCAUCCGUCGGUGGCCGUUUUUGCGAAAGCGUUAUUGGAAAACGGCGAAAUCAACUACUGCGGUGAUUCUCUCAACGAUUUUGCGCUGAUGAGCUUCCUUGAUCGGUUUGCGUUCCGAAAUCCGAAGGAUGUGCAAAAGAGCGGUGUGCGUGUGACGAGGAAGAAGGCGCACGAUCCAUGGGGAGUUCGCAAGUUGGCGGUCAGCUCGAAAGAGUACAUGAAGAAGCGGCGUGACGAGAUUCCCGCUGAUGAGAGAUUCUUGCAUCGGUAUGCUUCAACGCUUCUGAAAGAGAAGAAGAAAGACAAAAAGGAGGGAGAUGAGGAUGAUGAAUGGGAAUAUGCGGAAAGUGUGAACUCGGAGGAGUUCGACGCGAUCCUUGAUCGAUUCGAACCUGGAGAGCUCAACGAUGAAUUCGAUAUCGAUUAUGGAAAAGAGUUCUCUGCUGAGAAAAACAAGAAGAAUAAUAAGAAAGAUGAUGUUGAUAUUGACGAGGAUGAUCUUGAGUUGGAUGAUGCUGACGACGAUGAUGACGACGAGGAAGGGUUCGAAAAUGACGAUGAUGAUGACGACGAGGAUGUCGAGGAAGACGAUGAGGAUCUUGAAGAUGAUGACGAAGAUGAUAAUGACGACGAUGACGAUUUUGGAGGAAGAGGUGGAAAAUCGAGUUCGAACAUUUUCGGAGAUGAUGAUGUGUCGAGUGACGAGGAAAUUGGUGAGAACGAUUUUGAGAUGGCUGGAGACAAAUUUGCGGAGAUGCUUGAAAACAUUGAAGAGGAUGACGAUGACGGUAAAAAGAAGAAGACGAAGAAGGGAAAAGGAAUUAAACGAAGUAAGCGAGGUCCGUCUGGUGGAAAUAAGAAGAUGAGACGUCGUUAA